AUGGAAAGCAACGACGCAUCUGUAUGUCCACUAUGUCGCCAUGAAAAAGUUAAAAUAUUUGCAGUUGGUGAAUGUUCUCAUCCUGUCUGCCAUUUAUGUUCAACAAAAAUGCGUGUUCUUUGCGAACAAACGUAUUGCGCCAUUUGUCGACAAGAAGUUCCUCGAGUAUAUUUUGUUUCGGAUCUUUCUACAAUUCAACCCACAGUAGAUCAAUCUCGUUUUAUACCUAUUGAUGAAACAGGUGAUUGUGGAAUUUAUUAUCCAAUAAAAGCAGAAUGGAUUCGUCGUGAAACAGAAAAGUUGCUAAGAAAUUUUUGCCCAUUUUGCUAUUCGGAAUAUGAAACAUUUGAAAUACUUCGCGAACAUGUACGACGUACACAUCGCUAUUUUUAUUGUGAUUUAUGUGUAGAACAUUUAAAUUUAUUUCCACAUGAAAGAAAAUGUUAUACACGUCAUGAUCUUGUUCAACAUACAAGGUGUGGUGAUCGUGAUGAUACAUCAUUUAAAGGUCAUCCAUUAUGUGGAUUUUGUGAUGAUCAUUUCCUUGAUAUUGAUCAAUUAUAUCAACAUAUGAGAAAAGAACAUUAUUAUUGUCAUCUAUGUACUGAUGAUAGUGUUUAUUAUAGUGAUUUCGAUUUACUUCGUGAUCAUUAUCGGUCAAAUCAUUAUCUAUGUGAAAUAGGACAAUGUAAAGAUGUACAAUUUAUAAAUGUAUUCUCUUCUGAAAUUGACUUUCGUGCACAUCAAGCAGCGCAACAUAGUAAAAACCGAGCUGAGGCAAGACAAUUGGGUACGAUUCCAGUAGAAUUUCAAUCUGUAAGUGUACGCGAUCGAAAACAACAACAAGAUCCAGAUCAUAGAGGAACAUUCAAAAGUGGAGAAUUUAAAACACAAGGAAAUAAUAAUUCGUCUAAAAAUGAGCGUGAUGCUACUCAACAAGAACCAGCUGUUGCUGUUGCAGUACCUUCGAUUGAUGAAUUUCCAACCUUAGGUGAACGUUCAUUGACUCCACAACAACGUUGUGCUUGGGUGACCGAUUCAUUUAGACGGAUAAAUUCAUCUGAUGAUUUUCCUGCACUUGCCAAGACAACUAGUAAUGCAUCAAACACUAAUGUUAGUCAGCCUCGGGGAAUUUGGCGAGAACAACAAGCAGCAGCAGCAGCUACAUCAUCAUUAUCAUCAUCUACAACUAUGAAUUUAGCAGCAAAAAAGGGGUCACAACCAGGAAAAGCAACAAACGAUGGAGUAGUUUCAGCAAAUGUAAAAGAAGAUUUUCCAGCAUUACAAGGAGCUAUUAAUUCCAAGAUACCUGCACCCCUAUCGAUGUUUUCAGCUUGGUCAACUGCUAAAAAAUCAGCAAAAAAUUCUAAUGCAAAUGCAAAAACAAAUCAACCACAAAUGCGUUUGAAUAUACACCGUUUAAUGAAUGAUGAUGAUGACGAUGAAUAUAUCCGGCGACCAAUGGCUUCUUUAACAACUAGUACAACAGCAAUGGCAUCAUCAAAUAUAACUGUAAUAUCAUCAUCUGAUCUAUCCAAUACUCCGAAUAAUGAAAAAAAAGAUAAAAAUAAAAAUAAAAAACAAUCUCUUCCAAAUGCUCAUGACUUUCCAGCAUUAUCAUCAACAUCAAUUACGCCACAAAAUAAUACUGUAUCGUCUAAUGUUUGGAUACCUAACGGAACGGAUUCAUCGACACCAUCCUCUACAAAACAACAGAAAAAGAAAAAUGCUGCUAUGAGUAAGAAAAAGUUUAUGGAAGAGUUACAUUCAAUGGCAACACCACCACCUUUAUCUUCGACUGAUGAUUUUCCAACUAUUGGCUUAAGUCAACUGGGUCAACGUUUAAUAACUGAAGAAAGCCAAACAACUGUAACAACUCAAUUGAAUGACAAGAAGCCUCCAGCAACCUUACCAACAUCAAAGAAACAGCAGAAAAAAGAUGAAAAUAAACCAAUAGAUCAAUCCAAUAAGAAAACACCCUCGGCAACAAAAAAAAAUGAUUCAGUAAAGCAAGAAACAACAUCGACUGAAGACAAAACUUCAACAAAACCUGUACUUGAUCAAGCACCACCAAAGCCGCUAGUAAAAGAUGAACCUACUCCUCAAGUAGUACCAGCUUUAUCAUCUUCUAUUCAAUCUUCGCCUAGUUUACCUAAACCAAUUACCCUUCCUCCACCACCACCUGGCUUUACUAUGCAACUUGCUGUUACUCCACCACCUGGCUUUAGUACACUUCCAUCUUCUCAACCAGUUGCACCUUCAUACAUCUUCGCAUCCUCUUAUUCAAAACAAAAGGAUGAAUUUCGUGCUAAGCUUUUUAAUUUGUUCGACGGUGAUAUGAAUUUAUUUAUUCAAUAUGAUCAAUUUUGUGAAGCAUUUUCUCAAAAUAAAAUAACUUCGAACGACUUUAUCACAUAUACGACACAAUUAUUUAAAGAUAAACUUGAUGAUUAUUUACUUGAAUUGAUUGUUAUUAUGCCAAAUAUUGAACGGCAAAAUGAACUUUAUUCAAAUUGGAAGAAAGAUAAUGAUUCAACAGUUUUAGUAGCAACACAAAGUAAAACAAAUUGGACCAAGAAAGAUUCUAAUGAAAAAAAUAUUCAUUUAUGUCGUGUUUGCCAACAAAUCAUGUUUGAAUCUGAUAUUGACGAACAUAAUUCUAAUCAUACGGAGUUCAACACCCAAUUUCCUUCAUUACCAGCAGCUGCGGUUCAGCUCGGUCGCGGAAGAGGAAAGAAAAACAAAUGA